CACAAUUCAUCACGGCAGACAGGAACCACGAGUUUUGUGUAGAAGUCCUACCCUAAGAUAGUUUCUCGGGUCUUCUACAAAUUAUUUGAUAAGUGUUGAUCUAGACAAAGUUCUGCAGAGAACUUUUCAAGACCAUUAUGCUUGCAUCAAGAGGGUUAUCAGCCUGCUGUUCUAAAGUGAUGCCAAUGGGGUCUUUUAGCAAGAGCCUACGUGCCUUUGGACCUGGUCACAUUUUGAAGAGCAGUGGCACAGGGAGGGGUGUUCAGAUAACAAGAAAGGCCACAGGAUUUCACAAGAUAUCCAGUUUCAGUGGCAGGCUAUAUCCCAGGAAGCUUAACACAGCAAGGUGUUCAACAGCAUACUGCACAUACAACAUGUGUAGCUUGAAGAAGACAAUUCCUUGUGCUGGAGAUCUUGGUAAAAACCUCUUCUUUUGUAGUAGACAGCAGGGGGUUGUCAACUACCACACAGAUAUGGGUAAUGCAGGUGGGAAAGAGGUUGUGGAACUUAUGCAGAAAAUAAAACAGGAAGUAUAUGAAAGCCUCAGUAUCAACUGGCUUGAUAAAUCUGACCCAGCAAUAUGUUAUAGAGAAUUGUACCUUCAAAGCGACAUCAACAGGUGUCUUUCUCCUCAUUUAAAAAAGGUCGAGACAGAACUGAACAUGAUAUUAGACAAAGCUCAUGAGGUAAAAGACUUGAUGGAAUUGAAGUCAUUGUCCACUCUGGUGCUUAACUUGAUACAGUUGGGUGUCCACUUUAUUCAUCCGGUGGUGACGUGGGACCUGUUGCUGACCUGUGUCCAGCGCUGUGGCACUGCUGACCUGCCAGCUCUGGUGCCACUAUCAGCAGUCUGCCAACAGUUGUUUAUCACAGAGAAAGCUGCUUGGAGAGGGGAUGUUAUAUCUGAGGUAGUGGAACGCUUCAAAGAUGUACUUAGGGAAAAUGAAAAGGGUUUUGAACACCAUGAUCUGGUAUCAGUUUUACAAAUAGCUGAAAAAUUGAGUCAUUUUAUGAGCGACAACAUGUUUAGGGAUGUUGCCAGUCGCAUCAAUUCAGAGGUGGAGAAGCAUGAUCUCGGUUUUCUCAACCAAAAUGCUGCCGAGAUUAUCAAGCAUGUUAUAUUGUUUAUGUCUGCCCCAAGAAAAUUUGGCCUUUACAGUCCAAAUAGAAGUAUAAAUACAGAUGAAUACUUUCCCCUGCAGGAGAUUGUCUUUUCCACUCUGCAAGCCAACAAAGAUGAUGUUGUCUCUGUUCUUGGCCACCAUAUCACACGGCAAGGUCUUAUGGUUAUUGGUAAUUUAAACCAUCGUGCAGUAAGUUUGGGUCGCAGUGUUUUCAACAGCUGUGUACAAUCCAUAUCUGGGUUCCAUGGCAGUGAACCUUUAAGUAACUCAAAAUACAAGACUGAUUUGAUACCCCAAGUUGAUGUUGAUGUAAAUAUGGAGAAAGGUAGUAGUCAUUUGCUGGGUCCAGAUUUUGGGCGUUUGCUUUGUGCAGUAAGCACUGGUUUGUUUAAGGAUACUGACUGGUGGAUCUUGCAAGAGGAACUCUUUCAAAGUUUACGUCAGGGGAGUGUCUUCAGCCUGAUAGAGGUAGCAGAAAUGCUACUAAGUGACCAUAGCAUUCUUUGGUCAGUCAAAAAAGCAAGUCAGAAAGAGUUCACAAUGUGUUUUCUGCAUUGUUGGAAUGACUUAAAUGGGCAUCCACGUGAAUUAAGAAUGAUUUUAGAAUGUAUUGCAGUGUUGGCACAUCCAUUUUAUGGCAUCAGGGAUAAUGAGCUGGUGUCAUUAUUAACCAGGCACUUGCAGAGUAGAUGUUAUAUGCUACCAGUCAGGCAAUUGAUACACAUUACCUCGAUCAUUAUUUCUUAUUCAUCUAAAGCCAGUCCACCAUUUUUAGCAAGACCAUUACUUGAGCGUUUGAAGUCUGGAGAUGUUCAUAAAAUGGUUUCUCUUCUUCCCCGGUAUGUUUUAAAAGCAUUUCGUGACUUGGAAGAAUUCCGUGUUAUUGGCAAACUACUCGAUGAAAUGUACUACAGCCUGUCUUUAAACGAUAUAACAAAGCCAGACAAGGACAACUUGAAGUGGAGCAGAAGAAAAGGAAUUGUUACUAGGUGGCCAAAAGCGGUUGACAGAGCCUGCCUUAAACAGAAGUACCCCACAGAUGCUUUCUACCUCAUUACCAGCCUCGAGUUUUUAGAAGCUCUUGAACCUCGUAUGCUCAGUGAGUAUUUUGAAAUAUUCCCUAUAUUGUUUUUACACAUGAGGAGUGAACACCUAGGAACUUUAAAUUUUCACAAGGGUGACUAGCCCUGGCCUUGCCAGCUUUCUUGGUUUUCUUGCAGUUAUAUAUAUAAUAAAGUGGUUUGUAAUCUCAAUUCGUUAUACGAAAUAAAGCGUUUUUUGUUUUCAGAAAAUAUUUGUUUCUAAAACUGAAAUAUUAAAGGAUAUUAAAGAGUUAUAAUUUGAAACCCAAGUACUGCAUCUUUAUGCAAAACUUUUUCGCAAAUAGCAUGGACCUAAUAUUGAAUGAUCAAAAUACCCUCGAGUCAUUUGACUGCUUUAUUAUAUACUAGUUGGGAUAACCGUAAUUAAAUACUAGUUAAAUAAUUGAAUAGACAGACACCUGGCUUCAUGAGGAUAUAAACCUCUCAGGUAAGAAAGGUGAAUGGGCUUGAAUUGUUAUCAGUUAUUGGAAAGUAUAGUAUAGUUUAUUGCCGAAUCCACUUGACAUAGGCAUAUAACCAUAGAAAGUAUAACAUUUGUGGUAGGUGGAGGUGGCAACCACUGUUGACAUAUUGGAGUACCUAAAAAAGUGGUGGAUGGAUAGACUUAUAUAUCUUU